UGCUAUUGGCCUUAGACGUUGGUACACAUAAUCUCUUUCUUUCUUUGUUUCUUUUUUGAGUCUGUAAUUUGCGUCUGAGCGAGUGUGUGAUCAUGAAACACAUCAACACUCACAACUCCAAUUUUCGUGUUUUCGUAUUCCAUAAACAAUAAUCACAAUUCUCUCUACUCACUUUCCCUUCUUUGCUUCCACCGACACACACCAAUGAUAACCGUCGCUAUUCUCUUCGCCGUCACGCUUCUCUCGGCGGCUGCUUCUCCGGUGACUCUAACACUUGAAAGAGCUUUUCCUUCCAAUCACGGAGUGGAGUUGAAUGAACUCAAAGCAUUGGAUUCUUUCAGACAUCGCAGUAGAUUUUUGCAGUCUACUAAUUAUGUUGUUGAUUUUCCUGUUAAAGGAUCCUUCGAUACCACUAAAGCUGGGCUCUAUUUUACAAAGGUGAAUUUGGGUACUCCUCCAAGAGAAUUUUAUGUACAGAUUGACACUGGUAGUGAUGUUCUUUGGGUUAGUUGUGCUUCCUGCAAUGGUUGUCCUCAAACAAGUGGACUCCAAAUUCAGCUCAAUUACUUCGAUCCCAGGAGUUCAUCGACGUCUUCAUUGAUCUCUUGUUCUGAUCAAAGGUGCAAGAAUGGAGUCCAGUCAUCAGAUAGCAGCUGUUCUGGUCAGAACAACCAAUGCACUUAUGUAUUCCAGUAUGGAGAUGGUAGCGGCACAUCCGGCUAUUAUGUGUCGGACUUGAUGCAUUUUGCUAGUAUUUCUGAGGAAUCUUUGUUGUCAAAUUCUUCAGCGCAUGUGGUUUUUGGUUGUAGCAACCAGCAAACAGGGGACUUGACAAAGUCUGAUAGAGCAAUUGAUGGCAUAUUUGGAUUUGGGCAACAGGGCAUGUCAGUAAUUUCCCAACUCUCUUCACAAGGAAUAGCACCAAGAGUGUUCUCCCAUUGCCUGAAAGGAGAUAGUAGUGGUGGCGGCUUAUUGGUUCUUGGUGAGAUUGUGGAGCCAAACAUAGUUUAUAGUCCCCUCGUUCCGUCACAGCCGCAUUAUAAUCUAAAUCUGCUGAGCAUCUCUGUCAAUGGCCAAAUUGUACCAAUUGAUUCUGCUAUUUUUGCUACAUCAAACAAUAGAGGUACCAUUAUUGAUUCUGGAACAACUUUGGCAUACAUUGCAGAAGAGGCUUACACUCCCUUUAUUAAUGCACUUACAGCUGCUAUUCCACAAUCUGUGCACACUGUUCUUUCCACAGGAAAUCAGUGUUACUUGAUAACCACCAGUGGCCUUGAUGUCUUUCCUCAAGUGAGUCUGAACUUUGCCGGUGGUGCGUCUCUGGUUUUAGGACAACAGGACUACCUUAUAAAGCAGAACUACAUUGGAGAUGGUUCAGUGUGGUGUAUUGGCUUUCAGAAAAUCGUAGGUCAAGAUGUAACAAUUCUAGGAGACCUUGUAUUAAAAGACAAAAUCUUUGUCUAUGAUCUUGCCAGUCAACGCAUUGGAUGGGCUAACUAUGACUGUUCAUGGUCGGUUAAUGUUUCUGCAUCAACUGGUAAGGGAAGAAGCGAGUUUGUCAACACAGGAGAGCUAAGUGGCAGCACUUCUUUACGCGUUGGAUCUCACGAGUUGUCAAUAAAGAGAAGAGGGGUUUUUGCUCUCUUCAUGCACAUAACACUGAUAUGCUGUUUUGUAUUCUUGUAGCAUGUGAAGUUGGAACUGACUAUAUUCUUUUUUUACUAUGUAUAUGUAUAUUCUCUUGCUGGUAUAUAAGUGGCAAUCGGCAAGACAAAUGUUAUUUACUUGAAUUGUUGCCUUGUGCCUUCUUUCUGCACAGUAGGUUUCUCUGUUAAUGUAAGUCACGCUUUAUCAACCAUGUUUCUCAGUAUUGUAAAUUCAAUGAUCAAUGGUUUAAUCAUAAAUACAAGUUAUACUUUGUUC